GCCCACUGCUCCUGGGGGUUUGGGGUCCCAGUUUUAAAGCCCCGUCAUUUCAAGCGGACCGAUCUUCCACGUUCGCUGAAGAGGCUCUCUGGGAAGGUUGUGGACCCGCGUGGCAGUGUGGAUUUUGAGUGGUCAAGGUCUUAGUGUUUCUCCGUUUUUGUUUUUUUGUUUUUUUUUUUUAAUAAGAAAACAAACCCUGCCUUUGCCCACGCACGCCUGCCCACAGUGGCCUAUGCAGUUGCCAAAGAUCAGCCUUGUCGCCGUGGGCGCCAGGCCCCUGCCUGCUCAGUGCACAACCUGCGUGGGCCUCCAGUGGCCCCUCCUAGGACUGGGAACCGCCACAGGUCCGGGUGGGAGGAUGUGCGAUUUGUGUUGGGGGCUGGUUCUGUCCAUGCUGGGGUUGGAGGAGCCCCCAGGACAGGAAGGCCUUGUUUCUCAUGUCAUGCAGCGACGUUGUCAUUAAACACGUGGAUUCACCCGUGGCUGGGGCUGGCUGGCUGAGGGUCCCCGGCUAGGACGGGGUCAUAGUCCUGCCCUGGAGCCCAUAUCUGGUCCUGGAGCUGCAGAAGCAGCUUCUGAGGGGCUUCCCAGGCCGGCGUUUGACAGAUGGGGAACUCAGACCUCGAAUCCCGCAAGACACCCCUCCUGGGCCCAUAUACCAGGGCACCGGCCACAGUCCUGUGGGGCCAAGGACUGGACCCCAGCGAGUCCCUGGGCCCCAGCCAGAUGGCCCUGUUUUGGGGAGGAGGUGCUUGCCUGACUCCAUCGGUUGACGCCAGGGAGGGAGGCUGGAGGCACUGCUGGGCUGAGGUCACCGCAGGGCUGGCGGGGGCCAGGAGGGACAGAGCAAGUGGGGUGUAAAGGCUGUGGUGGUGGGAGGGGCCCAUGGAGAUGAGGCAGGGCUUGUGUAGAAUGGGGGCUUUGGUUCCCCACAGACCAGGACAGCCGAGAGGGGCUGGAGGGUCCCCAGGGGAGCAGAUGUCAGGCCUGGGGAUCACGUGGGUCACACAGCAGUGCUGGGGCAGUCAUCUCUGCUGCUGUCUUCACUUGACAGGCAGAGCAAGGCCAGUGGGACCAUCGCUGCCAGGGCCAACCCUGGAAAUGGCUGGAAGAUGCCUGGAUGGAGGGAGAGGCUGACCGAGGUCCCCAUGGGGUGGGCUGCAGCUUUUCUGUCGAUCCUAGAACGUAACUGUUGCAUUGUGAGGGAAAGAAAAUUGAGAAGAAAAAAUCAGGGGCUGAAGGUCCUGCAGUGAGACAGAUGCAGGAGGCAUGAACCUGGCCCAGGGGGUGCUGGCACCUUGCUAGGGCUGGGAGGCGGCUGAGGGAGGCAAGCGGCCUGGGGGCGGCAAGCGGCCUGGGGGCCAGGGGCUGCAGGCCGUCCGCAGGUGGUUUUGAGGCUUUUGCAUGGUGCCUGAGAAGAGGCAGGUCCCAUCCUGGGCACUGGAGAUGAGGGAACACCUGUGUGGAACUGGCAUGGUGGGCAGCCUGGAGACAGGAGCUCAUGAGGACACAGGGCGGCAGCGCCACCAGGACGGGGAGGGCCCCGGAAAAGGGUGGCCUUGGAUCAGGGGCUCACCACAAGCCUAGCAUUUCAGCCAGGGCUGGAGAAGGCAGGGACGCCUGGGUGCCAGGCAGAGGGCAUAGCCAUGUAAAGGCCCCAGAGCAGGGCGGCACCCGGUGUAUGCGAGGGGCAGAGUGAGGAGGGCAGGGCAUGCAGUGUCUGGUAGGCCUCAGGGAAGACUUGGGUGCUCACCCCAAGCGAGUGGGGACCCUGGGCGUGUGCCCUGGGAAAGGCAGGGUCGUCUCUGUGGGGACCUGACUGACACAGGGGCAGGGGAAGCCGAGACCAGGGUGCGGGCUCUGCCCCCACCCAGGCCGGAUUCGACCCAAGACGGGGCCCUCUGGCUGAGGAAAGGCAGGGCAGGAGGGUUCUGGAUGUCUCCUGGUUUUUGUUGUAUGGUUUUAAUUGUGGUAAAAUACACAUAAAUCCACCAUCUUACAGUUCUGUGGCUGUGCAGCCAUCGCCUCUGAUUCCAGAACAUUCUCAUUACCCAAAAGGCAGCCCCAUCCCCAUCACAUCACCUAGUCAGUCACUCCCGGGUCCCCCUCCCCAGUCCUGGCACCCACGAAUCCUCUCUGUGCCUCUGUGGUUCAGCCUGUCCUGGACAUUUCAUAGAAGUGGGAUCACAGUGUGGCCUUCUGUGUCGUGUCUGGUUGAGCAUGACGCCCUCAAGGUGCAUCUGCGCUGGGGCCCGGGUCAGAGUCUCGCUCCUCCUGUGGCUGAGACUCAUUCUGGCGCGUAGGUGGCUGCACACUGCUGAUUCCCUCACCCUCAGUGGGUGUUUGCGUGGUCUCUGCCAUGGCUGUCGUGAAUUGUGCUGUGUGAGGCACCGCGUGCCCUUCUCAUCCUGAGUGUAUUUUCCAAAGGAACUGUGUGCGAGUGGCUGAUGAGGGGUUGGGGCGCCAGGUGCCUGUGUGGGCAUUGCCUCCUGGAUGCGAGGUGCACGGGGAGACAGAAGCCCCUCGAGGGGGUGUGGAGAUGGGGAGGCUAGGCCCCCAGUCGGCGGUGGCGGGGGGCGCACAGAGCUGGGGGCUCAUGGCCACAGACCCCACCUGGCAGCGGCCCUGGCCUGGCCCGCCCACACUGCAUCACCCUCAGUUGUCAGACACUGCGAACAACUCUCCAGGCCUCCCCUUCCUUGGGGCCGCCUCACCCUGCAGUUGGGAGGAAGGAGCGGUCAGUGCAAUUGCCGUGACACUGGGCGGCCUUUAUGCUGUCAGCGGUGACCUCAGAGGCCUUCCUAGUAGAAGCCCUGGGGACUCAGGCAGACAGGCAGACAUGCAGACCCUGAGGCGAGAGGCUGCCAGGCCCUAUGUCCCCACGGGGACCCUCGAGACCAGCUUCCCAGCACCUCUCUACAGUGAUGACUACCUGUCCCUGGAGGGGCCACGCUGGGCACCGGCCAUCAAGCAGGCCACACGCUGGAAGUACACGCCCAUGGGACACGACGCAGCCGGCCAACUGUGGUACACGGGCUUGACCAACUCAGACUCCCGGGAAGCCUGGUACAACCUGCCCUCGGCCCCGGACCGCCCCUUCCGUGAGGCCUACAACCACUGGCACGGCUGCCACCGACACCGCGAGUGCCGCCUGCCCUCGGCCUACGCCCAGCACCUGCGGGAGACCACCUGGCAUGACCCGAUCGUCCCCGCCCAGUACCUGGACCCCAGCACCCGGUGGGGGAGCAUGCUGUGGAAGGAAAGGCCAAUCCGGGGCAAGGACUACGUGGUCAACAGGAAUCGGUACGGGGUGGAGCCUUUGUGGAGGGCAUCGGACUACGUGCCCUUCCUGUCAGCACCCCAGCGCCCACCCCACACCACCCAGAACUACUUGCAGUGGGGCCUGGAGCCAUACUGCCCCUCCACCGGCCAGCGGCUCCCACCCGGCCCCACGCCUGCUCCCCGAUAAACACACGCUUCCACGCCACACCUGCAGUCUUUCUGCACCCAAAGAGGGUGGCUACCCACAACUGGGGCACAGCCGAGAUGCACAGGCCACCCCUGCCCGGCAGACAGGAGCCAGGCUGCCGUCGUGUCUUUAUUUGCUGCCAGCAGAGCCCACCAAGCCCACCGGGCAGCCCUGCUGCCCACCACCCUGUGGCUGGGGCUCCUGCAGGCUCCAGCCAUCCCCAGGCCAGAGGUGAGGGGGUGAACUGUGCUGGGGUUAGGGUUCCCACAGACGCCUCUGGGGUUCCUACUUCCUGCCGAGAGGGGCACCCCAAAUCCUCCGGAGGACUGAGAUGGACUAGAGUUGAGGAUGGGCACCCUAAAAGUCCAGGGGUCCUUGUAAAGCUCUGGAUUCAGAAGGCCCUGGUAGGCAUUCCCGCUGCCUUCACCUUCACCGUGACUCCCAAGCCCAGGAGCCGGUGCGGGGUGGGGGGCUUUGCCCGUAGGUGCUGGGGGCAUCCUGUGUCCCCACAUUUCCCUUGCACAGGUGCAGGAGGCUGUCAGCACUCAGGGCUGGGCUUCUGGGUCCCCUGCCAGGGAGAAGUGGAAAUGGCAUUAGAGAAGGUGGGGUGGGCCCCACGCUUGCCCCUGGUGUGGUCAGCAUCUGGGGAGGGAGGGGUGGGCCAGGACUCACAGCGUCGCAAGCGGAUGGGCCACAGCAGGAGGCUGCAGAGACACAGGGCCGCAGCCACACCCACGCCGCCCGUCACAGCCACCAUCACCCAGUGGUAGAAGCUCACGCAGGCUCUGCAGCAGAGCUCCGAGCUGUGGGAAGAGGCAGGGGCCUAGUGGGCACCACAGGGAUGACCCCACCCUACCUGGACCUGUUCCUCCUGUCCAAGCUGAGAGCUGAGGGUCAGCCCCCCUCCUUCCCCACACCCAGCAGGAUGGCCAGUCCUCCACCCCGCAUCCACUUCUCUCCCUCCCCGUCUCCAUAUGGUCCAGGCCCAGUGGGGCCCACCUGCACCCACCCCGUCCCCUCACCCCCACCAGCGGGCACCUGUGAGUGCCUGUCCCUCUGCCCACAGCCCACCCUCCUCGGGUCAAAGCCCCAGCCCUUCCCAUGGCCCUGCCCCCUCCCCCUCUUCCCUGUGCUCCAGCCACACCAGUCUCCUGGUCCCCGCUCCUCCAACACACCAUGUGUGGCCCCACCCCAGGGCUUUGCUACUGCCUGCCCCUCCCCAUUGACCUGGAAUAGUCUGACUUCCCGCAAGUGUCAGGUCCACACCACCUCCUCCAGAAAGCCCUCCCUGGCAUCCUGUCCUGGCUGCCCAGGCCUCUCCAGGGAAAAGGCGUUCACCUCUGUGACCAUUAACAUAGCUGGCCCUGCCCCAGCCCUGUGAGGUCAGGGCCCAGACAGGCUUUGGUUCCCAGGUCCAGGCCUCUCCAGGCAUGAAUGCUGGGAGGCUGUGUCUACACCCAUCCGUGCCUGAACCCUCUUCCUCAACAAGCGAGCGAAUGGACGGCACUCACGGACAGGGGUGCAGGCUCUGGAUGGCCAUGACUGCCAGCCCGUUGGCCACCUUAUCAGAGAAGCUCAUGGAGCCAUACACGAACGCGCCGCUGUUCUGGGGGGGGACACGGGUGGUCAGCGUGUACCCCAAGUGCUACGCCCAGCCACCCCCACCCCGGCCACCAGCCUUACCGUGUGGGGACCGAUGAGGUCGGCCGUCAUGGCCAGUGAGGUGACAAGGAUGGUGGCACAGCCGGCGCCCAGCAGCACAGCCGCUGCAUACACAGCCACACCCAGCCCCUCCAUGAGCGCCACCCAGGCCGCAAAGGCCAGGGUCACCAGGAGGCCCAAGAAGUAGGUCAUCUGCAGGGGACAGCCCCGGGGUCAGGCCCACAACGCUGGGUGCCACCGAGCCUGGCGCUUGCCCUCUCUGGUCUUCAGUCCACCACCCCUUACCCUGCAAACGGGCUGUGAGCUGGACAGUCACAAAGGAGCGCCGGCUCUGGCCUCGAGAAAUCCCAGGCUCUGAGGCCCAGGAGAACUGCCACACAGAGCUGUGCUCUGUCCACGCAAUAGUAGCUGGAGACGCGUGCCUAUUCCGCCUAAAGGCAGGUCAGGUACACAAAAGCAAACGAGGGACUCGGCUCAGUCCCCCCAGCCACAUUUCAAGCGCUCAGUAGCCGUACAGGAGGACAGAAAGCCCCAGAGCUCUGCCGCCACGACAGUGUGAACGUGAGACACGCAGAGGCCAGGGCUCUAGACCUCCUGGUUCCCAGAUCCGGGGCUUCUAUAAGGUGGGAACUCGGGGGCCUGGGGGCGUCUGAGGCUGGAACCCAACCGCAGGGCACCCCGUCUACUCACGUUCCUCCCUACGCACUUGUUGAUGGGUUUCAUCAGGAAGGACGAGAAGAAGCCGCUGAGGUACAUCACCAGGGGGAUCGUCGCAAUGAACUUCUGCAGGGACAGAGCCAGGCGCAGCGUGUCUGUCACGGCUUGCCAGGCUGGGGCCGUCUCACCCCCGCGCCCCCGGCCCAACCCAUUUACCUUGGGCAGGUUGAGAGAGUAGGUGAGGUACAUGGCCAUAUAGGUCUGAGACAGGUUGACGACGAGCCUGGUGGUCAUGUACAGCAUGCCCACCUGUGGGCAGACCAACAGAGGGACCAGCUGGGGUCAGGAGGGCCCUUGUCCACUCCCACCAGCAGGGGGCACCGGGGCCUGGGUGGGCACCCUGGAGCUGGCAUUUGAUCCAUGGGUAGUGACUGCCCAGUGGGUUGGGGGAGCAGAGAGCAGUGCUUCAUGGGCUGCACCAGGGGCUGUGUGUGGAUGCAGCUGUCCCGCAGAGCCAAGGGCCUGGGGGGGGAGAAGGGGCCUGGGGUGGGAGAAUGGGUCUGAGCUGGCCCUGCCACCCCCAGCACGCACCUGGUAGAAAGCCGGCUCCCGGAGCCAGUGCUUCCAGAGCAGCAGGGGCUGGGCAACUGCAGGGGCCAACAGGGGGCUGUGCUCGCCCGGCUCCUCCACACGUGGCCGGCGCCUCUCCCGGGUGCCCAGGUGGAACAGCAGUGAGAACACAGCACCAACACCCACCACCAGCAGGGCCAGGUUCUAGGGACGCGGCAGAAGCAGUCAGCAGCUGGCCCAGCACCCGCCCCAGGCUCGAGGACUUCAGGCAACACACCCAGGCCCCAGCUCACCCGGAACACAGGCACGUCCUGGCCCCCCAGCUGGUCACUGAUGCUGACGUCCUGGGCAGGCCCCACCCUCGACGAGCCCUGCAGGUGCAGCAGGAGCCAGGCCGCCCCGUAGACAGUGAUGUUGGCCACCACGGUGAACGCAUACCUGGUGGGCAGGCGGGCAGGGACUCAACCAGACCCUGGGAACCUGGGCCCCUUCUUCCCCAAGUGGCUGCGCCGUCCCAGCGCCUUGCGGAACCCCGGCUGCUGGGAGAUUCCAGCAACUCCCACACUGGGUGGCCUCAGUUUCCCCAGCCCGCAAGUUGUCUGAGACGGGGCAGCUGUGACCCGCAGCUCCACCCUUCCCGCCUAGGACCAGCAUGCAGUUACUCAGCCAAGCAGAGUCCAGGCUGCAACCCAAAGAACCCAGAGACUCGAAGCCAGGAUUCGGGAAUAAUUCUUCCCCAGAUGCUGGGUGGCUGCAAGGCAAGGGCUCCCUGGUCUAGAAGCCUAGACAGGCAGGGAGCCGGAGCUGGGGGCCUGGGGAGUCCCACCAUGCCUCAGCUUCCCUUUCUGAAAGCAGGAACUAUGCCCCCGACCCCCGUCAAGGCCACGCACGUGUGCACGGCGGGAGGUCAGCUGACAAAGCGCAGCCGGCUGGCACAUAGGAAGUGGCUGGGGUCUGGCUCCCGUCAGCUGGGGCCCUGGGUAUUGGGAAACCCCUGUCGUUACUGCCUCUAUCUGCCUCACAGCCGUAAUGGGGAACUGAAAGCCAGGGGAGGAGGCCAGAGUGGGCGGGGCUGGUGACACAGGCGGGGGGGCAAACAGGGGGCUCCCCCCACACCCCCUUCCUGAUGAAGGCACUGUGGGGACCCUGGCUUUGGGCACCAUUUGGGGCCAUGUCCUCCUCUGGAAUACUCGGGAAGGAACAGUUCCCACCUCCCAGUUCACAGGGAGGGUUAAAGACGCUGAGAUUGAAGGGGCGGCCCAGUGGCUGACACCUGUAAUCCCAGCAGUUCAGGAGCCCGAGACAGGC